ACAGAACUCUCUCUCUCUUCUGUUCUGUUCUGUUCUCUGUCAGCAAGAGCUGUUUGUUCUACUUGUACUGGAUAGAGAAAGCCGAACUCUUAGGUAGUUUCCGAAGGUCCUCACUCUCUUCAAAGUUCUGUACCUCUUAACUGAACCGAAACCCACAAAGGCCGAAACUCCUCGCUUUCAGAGCUCAAAGAUAGAGAGAUAUUGGAGAAAAUGAAGAAUUCAGUAUCGGAAGAGAGGUUUUACAUUGAGAGUAGUGAAGAUGAGGAUGAAGAGAAGGCGUUUGACAAAGGUGAAGAUGAUAGCAAUGAUUCAGACGAUUCGAUUUAUUCGAACGACAAUCGUGAAAAUCAGCAGCAGAGCAAACCCAAUUCCUAUAACACCUCUUGGCCUCAAAGUUACAGGCAGUCGAUUGAUCUGUAUAGCAGUGUACCAUCACCAAGCAUAAACUUUCUGGGCACUCCUACACUAUCAAGACUAGGCAGUUCAUUUCUGUCAUCAUCAUUUACAAGGAGACACACUCCUGAGAUACUAUCAAAUUUGGUGAAGCCUCUGUUACCAACAGCAGAAAAUGAACAACAACAGCCACAGCCACAGCAAAGGCGUAGCUCUCACUCUCUUCUCCCUCCUAUUCCUUCAAAGAGGCCUCUUGGUAAGAAAGUGGGUACUGAUCAGAAACUCUCCAAGGUCUCCCAUGGCCAUGAGCUUCCUGCUUCUCGCCAGAGUUCCUACGGCCAAGCUGUUUUAAACGGAAUGAAUGUUCUAUGUGGGGUAGGAAUUCUUUCUACUCCAUAUGCUGUCAAACAAGGAGGAUGGGUUGGCCUUUCUAUACUCUUCAUCUUUGCAGCGCUUUCUUACUACACAGGUAUACUCUUGCGUAUUUGCUUGGAUAGCCAGCCCGGGCUUGAGACUUACCCAGACAUAGGCCAGGCUGCAUUUGGCACUGUGGGACGCUUGGCCAUCUCUAUUAUCUUGUACGUGGAAUUAUAUGCUUGUUGCGUUGAAUACAUAAUUUUGGAAAGUGAUAACUUGUCGUCUCUAUUUCCAAAUGCGCAUUUAAACUUGGGAGGACUUGAGUUAAAUUCACACUAUCUGUUCGCAUUACUGACUGCCCUUGCUGUUCUCCCUACGGUUUGGCUCCGAGAUAUGAGUAUUCUUAGUUACAUCUCUGCUGGCGGAGUUAUUGCAUCAGUGCUGGUUGUUAUCUGCUUAUUUUGGGGUGGCUUGGUGGAUAAAGUUGGCUUCCAGACCAAAGGGACAGCUCUGAACCUCUCUACGCUUCCUGUUGCCAUCGGCCUCUAUGGUUAUUGCUAUUCGGGGCAUGCUGUCUUUCCCAAUAUCUACACAUCAAUGGAAAAGCCAAGCCAAUAUCCAGCAGUCCUUUUUACUAGUUUCGGUAUCUGUACUAUAAUGUAUGCCGCAGUUGCUGUGAUGGGAUACAUGAUGUUUGGAGAAUCGGCAGAGUCACAAUUCACUCUUAACAUGCCCCAAGAUUUGGUUUCCACCAAAAUUGCUGUGUGGACUACGGUAGUUAAUCCACUUACUAAGUUUGCAUUAACCAUUUCUCCGGUGGCACUGAGUCUGGAGGAACUGAUACCACCAAACCAUGCUAAAUCUCACAUGUACGCCAUCCUCAUAAGAACGGCAUUGGUGUUCUCUACCUUGGUUGUGGGUCUUACGGUGCCCUUUUUUGGUCUGGUGAUGGCUUUGAUUGGAUCUUCACUAACAAUGCUAGUAACCUUAAUACUUCCUUGUGCUUGCUUUCUGAGCAUCUUGAAGGGCAAAGUAACCCGCUUUCAGGGAUUGCUUUGUGCAUUGGUAAUUGCAGUAGGCACCAUAUCGUCAGCUUUCGGAACCUAUUCAGCCCUCUCUGAAAUCAUUGAGAGUUUGGCAGGCUGAAGUUUUUGGUGAUAUCUCCUACAGUAAGACAGCCAUUCGUUACGUAGACAUUCCAAUUUUGGUGAGGGAUUGUUGUGAUGACGACAUUUCUAAAUUUCAACUCUUUCUGUUUGAUUUAUGUAUCUUUGCAAACCUUGAGUCAAAUUUAAGACUUGUAUUACUCGUCUCUCCAUAGCCGUGGUUGACAAUCAUCUACAUCUAGAACACUCUCAUGAGGGAGGAACAGUUUGUAGUAUUUUUUAUAAUUCAACCUAAUCUUUUUAAUCCUGAUUAAACACUACAUAUGCAAGACAGUGAUAACAUGAAGAUACAUGCAA